GACGGAAAAGCAUCACAGGACAGUUUUAUAGAACUUAUUGUUAUUUAACUGAUGUGGAACUGUGCUAAUGCAAUCCGCGCAGAAUCCCGUUCCAAUUAAAUUUUGAAGACCCCUGCUCAAUUCUUGGAACCAAUAAUAAUUUAAAUUGGAUCGAAUAUGCUGAAUACCGUACGGCACUGCACUUCCUUAAAAGCCCUGAAAGAAGCCUCAUCCAUCAGUCAACGAUUCAAACUGGAAACUGCAUUUCCUCCACCCUGUUUGUCAACUCAGUGAGGACGUCAACUCUGCAGAUAUAGCGACAUCUAGUAACUGAUAGGCGGCCGAACACUUACUGUACAGUACUGUACUCCGGUGGACUGAGAUUCUCGUGAUUUGUGAUAUUCGGAGUUCGACCAACUCGCUCUGUCCCGGACGAAUGAAUUAACUGAACUGGGACGCAGCUCUGAUUGCAUGAUGUUCAUACCUGUGCUUGAUAAUGGAUUAAUGUACUGAACUUGGCCGCGCGUCAUGCUAGAAAUUUCGUGCGAACGCGAAGAGCGUUAUCCGGACACGUCCGGUCAACAAAGUAGAAGGCGAAAAAGGAAGAGGAAUAGAAACUUUCCGGUGGAAGACAAUUCGGAGCCAGAACGUACUUUUCGGCCGUACAAUUAUUUCAUCGGUUUCCGUGUGGACAAUCCACAGUUGGUCGAGAACUUGCGGAGAGUUCAAGAGGCCGUUGUGGAAAAUGCACCACAGCUUCAGCGUGCCAUGAUUUCUCCGGCCACGUUUCACAUCACGCUGGCUGUUUUAAAAUUAGCCACAGAGGAUGAUGUGAAAACUGCAACCGAAGCACUUUCUGGGUGUGAUUUAACUACAGAUAUCCCGUUGGAAGUGCCAUUUGCAUCCUUGGGGCAUUUUGAUAACGAAGUCCUGUUCGCUAAACCAGCUCCUGGCGAUUCGUUGGAUCAAAUAUACGUGCUGAGGAGGAAGCUUGUGAACAUAUAUUCCGCGUACGACGAAUUUGAAGUUGUAGACCGUAAGGAGUACCAUCCGCACUUGACUUUGUUCAAACUCAUUCCGAAGAAGUUCCGAUGCGAAGUGAAGAAAAUUUUGCCGGAAUGGUACGAAGAGCACAAGCUGAACGUCUUUGGAACACAACGUGUUGAUGAUGUGAAAUUGCUUGCGAUGAUGAAACCGAAGGCUGUCUGCGGAUUCUAUCAUUCUGUGGCAAGUUUUCAACUUCUGGUUCGAGAAUGUCAGGCAUUCAGUUUGGAAUAUGAGGAAGAAUUUGGAAUAUACUGAUCCGAUUUCUCGUUCUGGGCAUGAAGAAUGGACUAUAGUCGAUCACCGAGUGGAUCAGACAUCGUAUUCAGCUCUACGACUUUUUUAAUGGGAGUGUUUUCAAAAUUUGGAAAAAAAUCGAAUCUUGGCAUUGCUCAUUUGGAAAGUCUUGGUUACCACUUCAGUGAUUUGACGAAGUUCUCGGUAUUUUUCGAAUCGCUGUCGUCCUGUAUUUUGUGAAACAAAAGCCAGUUGGACUUGGAAUUUCACGAAGAGCUUGAAUAUUGAGUCAUUCAUAACAUACAAAUAUUUUCAAGGUACAAAUUUCAGGACUUGUCAUUGCGUUUCACCCUCGGAGUAAAAAUUACUGUACAAUCUGAUUUUCUGUUCGGAUUUGGACCACUGAAGCCUAUAUCUGGAUUAGUUUAUCCACAUUGGCGUGUGUCUUCCUGUCAUUCUAUCACAGUCAAACCGCAAAUGAACUUCAAGGGACCAGCGGAAUAUUUUAGAAAUUGUAUGUAAAGUUAGUUCUACUAAGACUUUGGGUUCUCUUAUGGGGGGGUAAUCGUUCAUUGCUGUAUACAGGUGCCUUUCAAAUCUCAUUUUGAGUGUGAUCGCUGUGGAUUUUCGUAUCACCCGGUUGUGUGAAUUCGAGUUGUGAAGGGAAAAUUUGAAAAUCGUGGACGAUGAUUAAAAAGUGCGUUGAUCGUAGAAAUCCGACGCUUUUCUUCGAAUAAAAAACAACUUUUAAUUUUUGUCAACCAAACAAAAUUCUGGACG